AUGCCCCCAAAACGGCGCCCCGGAGGCGUGGCCGAUGUUAGUAACGCGCCGAAACCGCGGCAGACCAAGCUCGCCAAGGAGCACAACGUCACGGCCCAGGAGGAGGCCGAAAUCAAGGAGGCCUUUAGCCUUUUCUCCGAGCCCAUGGAAGGCGAGAAGCAUGGUGUUAUACCCACCAACGAUCACUCCGAGUUCCUCUCCAUUCUCGACCCCGACGACGAGGGCUACGCCUCGUACGAGCCCUUCUUCGCCAUCUGUGCCCUCAAGUUCCACGCCCGCGACCACGACUCAGACGCUCACGCCCGUGAGCUCGACGAGGCUUACCGCCUCUUCACCCACGGCUCCGCCGCCGGGCCCAUCACCCUUACCCACCUCCGCAGGGUGGCCGCCCUCCUCAAAGAGGACGUCGCCGACGAGCUCCUAAAGGACAUGAUCUCAGAGGCCAACAGUGGCCAGGGCACCGCUGUCGGCGUCGCCAAGGACGAGUUCGACGACGUCAUGCGCAGGGCCGGCGUGUGGAGGUAA